CAGUCGUUCAUCACCGUCUAUUGCUUCUCGAAAUAUACAAGUCAAUGAGAUCUUGCUUUUUUGGUUCUAGUUUUUUGUUUUGUUCUCUUCUUCGAAGUUUCCAUGUCCCCAACCGCUUACCAUUCUUCCAAUACGUUGUCAGCAUUAUACCCCCCCAAGAAGUGUGACUUAAGGUAAGGUAUGCAGCCGCCGCUUCAGGUUAGGGACCUCCCCUCUUCGGCCUCCUUCUACGCCGCUAUCGUCCAACCCCUCAAACUCCGCUAUAUCUCCGCCAAUUCCUCCUCCAUAGUCUUCGGUGACAGUACCUCCGGUACACCCGUCUUAGAAGUUAAGAAACUUGCCCCAGGCCAACACUUAAGACCAUCCCGUGCAGUCCUUUCCGCCCAGUCGCCUUCUGUCGUAUCUGCUUUUCGAACCGCUGCCUUGCGAGCGGAGCCCGAUAUACAAAUCGACACCUACGACGACGGCCGCGUGGAGGUCACCGACUUGGACGGUAACAUAAUAGAGGUCGUCUGUUCCGCCGGAUACCGCUCUAGCUUCACACGUGCGAAUUCCAGCGCAUCUAUGCCUUCACGAUCAGAGCCUCGAGCCAUGGUGAAGCGGAGCGCCACUACUACCGGCGUAGAGCCCCCGCCCCCGCCCCGCGAGACUUCCGGGCCUUUCGGCGCUGGCUCUAGCAUGGGCACGGUCCUCGGUGCCGCCGCGGUCGGCGUAGCCGUGGGCAGCGCUUUGACCUACGCCUUCAUGAGCAACGGCCGGCAGCGCAACGCCCAGCGCCAAGAAUACGACGCCGCGACGCAUCGGCGCGCAUCCUACUCUGACCCCCACGCAAACGCUCAGCCCAGGUACGCCGAGGACAAGAAGUACCCGCCGCUCAGCUACGGGGCGCGGUACGCCCAGAUCGAGGCGCCCCCCGCGCGGAGCAGGGCGGCGGACGACCUCGACGACCGCGCGAGCCGCCACUCGAGCCACUACACGACGGCCAGCCGGUCCCGGCGGCUGAGCGAGGCCUCGACGAGGCGCCCGCCGACGGCUGCGGACGUGGAAUACAUCAGCAACGUCGGCUCCAAGUACGAGCAGAAGCUCCUGAUGGACCGGGAAUACCGCAGCCAAGUAGGCGAGGACGACCGGCGCAGCUACGCGCCGUCCAAGUACUCGGCGGCGCCGUCGAAGCACACCGCCACUCCCUCCCGCUACGCCGGGGAGUCCGAGUACCGCGCGCGCAGCAGCUCGAAGCACCGGGCGCCGCGGCAGGUGGAAACCGAGACGUACGUGUCGACGCGCAGCAAGCGGGCACCACCACCUGCUGCUGCUAGCGCGGCACGCCCGCCCUCGAGGUCGCACAGCCGCAUUUCCGCGCGGGACCUCGAGCUUCCGGCGAGCCGGGUCGGCUGGGAUGGCGAGAACGGCGACGACGACGACGACGACGUGGAGAGCAUCGCGCCGGAGGACAGCAUCAGCUGCGUCGGGGACGAGGGGUACAAGCGCACGCGCAGGCACAUGCCGCCGGGGACGCCGUCGAUGGUCGGCCGCUUUCGAAGGGUGGUCAACGAGUUCGACGGCAAACGCAGGCCGUUGUACGGGUCCGAGGUUAAUUAGGUAGAGAGAGGAAACCCGCAUGUUUCUGUGUGUGUGUGUCGCUCUCUCUCUGUCUCGUAUGGCAGGGAUAGCCUUGCCACGUGAAUAAAGAAAAGAGAAAAAAAGCAGGAUUCUUCCCAUCCAUCAUAGUACUACCUACCCCUAUCUAUCUCCCUAUCUCCCUCCUCCCAAACUCCCCAUAUCAUGCAUCACGCGCUCCAUACAACAAAAAUGAAAAACGAUACGAUACGAUACGAUAUGACCACUGGGCAAUGAUAACGAGAUGAAAAAAAAGU